UGGUGCUCGCACAAGCUUUGCGUCUGCGUUUGCGUUGCGCCCUUCUGCAGCGGCCGUACCACACACUCACAGCACUCGCGCGCGCGAGAAGCCAUGCGCUCAGGCCUCUUCCUUCUUUCUCAUCCAUCGUGACGCUCGUGACUGCAAACCUGGCCAUCGCCCAUCACUGAGCUUCACUCGAGCGUGCAGCUGCCCGACUCUCAACUACACAGACACACCUCUUCAUCCCACACCUCCGUCUUUGGCUUCAAUGGCGUGCAUCUAGACCACAGCGAGAAGCAUCAUCCAAGUGGGAGCUGCAACGGCAUCAUGUCUCUCGGCAAUGCGCACACCGAAUCAGCAGCGAUGAGCCGGCCGGGCUCGGAUCCCCUACGACCGCACUGUGAUCUGCGAUUGCCCUCAUCUCGUCACAGCAACAGCAAUGGACUUGCCGCUGGUCUUGGCCGUGCACCAGAGUUAGAAGAAAGCGCUGCUUUGUUGAUCGCAAGCUUGCACCGAGCUGCAGAAGUUGCGCGAUUUCAAUGGCGCACACAGCAAGCCGCUGCUGCUGCUGCUGCUGCCGCCAACGCGGCUUCUGCUGUGAGCAGCACUCACGCGAGAAGUGUCGCAGGUCGCUACCACCCCAUAGGCUCUAGCAUCCAACGUGCGACACGACCAUCCAGCGAUCAGUAUGCUCUAUUGCCUGCCGCUGCCUCUCGCUCUCUCAGAGCAGCUCAGGGUGGCGACCGUGCGGAUAUGCUCAACGCUGCUGCAGCUAGCCGCUCGGCACGACGUACGGACUGGCUGACGGAUUCCGAUGAUGAGACGAGCGAAGAUAGUUGGGAUGACGAUCAGGAAGAUCCAUCGAGUGCUGCCAUCAUACGUGCCACUCUAAAUUCGGCCAACAGGUCGGAGAACAGGCCAGACAUCCCACCAGCUCCCUUGCGCGACCAGCCGACGUCAGAGCCUGGCGCCGCUUCUUCUUCCUCGACGUACCGCGCCCUGUCCGGCUUUCCAACGGAUGAGACGGAAGCUCAGGUAUGGGACAGAAUGGUCGAGGAGUUGGCGCGCACUUCGUCGUACCCGCCAUCCAACUCCAGCAUCGCAGCAGGAAGCAUAAUUUCUGGCCGCACCGCAUUUUCUCAAAGGCAGCUACCGCAUCCGGUUUGGGCUAGGCGAUAUCCCGGUGCGCCCGGCACCUGGCUGAGAGCCGAACUAGCAAGACGAUCAGCCAGCACUCGCGAACGGGAGCGCAACCCUGCAGAUUCCUCCACUGGUAUCAGGCCCUGGGACGAGCUUCUGCGUCGCUCCCAAGAGCCCGAGCCCGAGACCGAGGCCGAACGCGCAUCUUCGCAAGACACCCAUGGAACCGUGCGCAUCCAUGCUGGUCCUGCAGCCGAAAGGUCGCCUCCAAGCUACAACAUCCGCACCACCACUGUUGGCGCACUCUUGGACGCACAAAGCGCGGAAACGGUGUCGCAGAUGGAACCUAGCUGGCAACGGUGGGCUCGCACCGUCUCGACUCAACGACCGACCGCUCAAGACAGUAAUGCCGUGCUACGAGUAGCCAGAACACCUCCAGACGAAAGACCCUCCACUCGUGACAGCGACGUCUCUCGGAGAACGUCUGUCAAUGAAGAAGCGAGACGAGUCGCAGCUGCGACUGAACGUGUAGCCCGGCUCGCUCAAGUGCAGAGACAGCGCCGGGAACAGCGCGACGUUGCGCUUGCUGAAGCUCGAGCAGCGGGCACGCUUUCUACGGAGGAUCACGGAGCAAGAGAACGGAGUCGUGCUUCUCGUGGUGGGCUAGCUUAUCUGCAGAGACUGCGCGAACUGGAUGGGCUCAGCCCUUCGCACGACUCUUCUGACGCAGAAGCUCCUGACACGGCGCCAGAAGCUCGACCUCACGACAUUUUUCCGUGGUACGAUCCGCCAACUCGUGGCGGCCCAGCAGUGCGAAGCGCAACUUCGGUAAAUUGGUUCGAAGCGGCGCGAGAGAGGCGUGAAGCGCAGAAUCGAGCGGCCGAGGAGGAGUUGGCUGCAGCAAAUGCAGCGCGCGAACGAUAUCCCGGUGUGCCAGCUGACCUUUGGGCCGAAGAAGCGCAAGAACAAGAGCCCGGUCUCGAUGAUGCGCAAGUCCAGCCUAGGGUGCGCCCACAACGAACGGGUGCCGAGCAGCGUCAUCGCAACCGUACUGCUACUGUAGUGGCCUCUCCUCCGCUAGUGGACAGCGGAAUUGGUGAAGCUGCGCGCACCAUGCGCACUGUAGGCAAUGGAUGGACCCUAGUUGGUCCUCCGACUACCUCGGAAGCGGAGGAGGCACCAUCGAUGAACAGGUCAGCGUCGCACACCACUUGGCUCACUGGCCCCGCUCAGCCCUCGCGCCGCCUCAGCGCCUCUCCUCUGCCGCUUGAACUUCCGCUCUCUCCUCCCAUCCUUCCCAGCGCGACGGCAAUCUCUCAGCCAGGCUCUCAGCGACCAGCCUCUCCGGACGCACCGGCCAACGACCCACGUCUUCUUAGGCGUCCCCGUCGCCUGCCAAGUCUGACGACAGCCGAGGUCGAAGCUUCGGGCGUUCGCAGCGGCACUGCUUCACCGACUGACGACGCUCCUGCGAGACCGAUGCCUACCUUUGGCACGCCGGCCAGGAGAGCAGAGUACUUGGGAAUGGGCAGCUGGCGAAGAUCUACGAGCCCUGGUGUACAGGUCAUUGACGGUGAUCUCGGCCGAGCUGAAGGCGGUAGCUGGAGCAACUCUGCAGCUGCAGCUGAUUUUGAACGCCGAACGCGCGAAAGCGCCUCUGAGCAAGACACUUCCCCAGUACCCUCGCCAAACUCGAUCGCAGAUGCUGCAGAGGAGGCUGCAAGCGUCGGCGCUCUUACGCGACUCACUGGGGCAACGUUGGACAGCAUCGAAGGACAGACCACGCCACAGCUUCGUCCACCACCUAGCGGCGCGCGAGGCGAAGCAUUGACGGAGCGUGCACGAGCGGCAUUGGCGCAGAGUCGGCGCUUGCACGACGUUGGUCAGCGCCUCACGCAAGAGCUCUUGAGCCGCGAAGCUUCCCUUCGACACCGAGAGGAACACUUGCGUGCAGAGAUUGCUCGGCGCAGAAACGCGAGUGACGAGCAACGCCGACGUGAAGGUCGCAUCGGUCGCGUCCUCGCACCUGACGAACUUGGCGCCGUCGGCGCAGUCGAGCGCGAAGGGACAACUUUGCUCGUACGAAGACGUACGAUUCGCGACUCUGCGCCGGGUCUGCGGCCUUAUCAGCGCCAGGAUCCUCGUCGUACUCUGAGCACGCAUGACAACUCUUUGGACCUCGCUACGCCAACGGUCGAGCCACCUACCAGCUCCGCGAGAGUCGGCGCCCCUCAAAGCCAGGUCGAUCAAGAAGACAAGAUGUAUGAGGGUGGAAACGCCAACGAGGAGCGCGCCACAGCUGAAACAUCCAAUGCAGCUUUACCAGACUCGUCGCAUUCUGCGUCUCCCUCGAUGGCGAGCACUAGCCGAUUAGAGUCCAGUACGAUUUCCCCCUCAAUCCCGUUUGGAUCGACAUCGCUCGUUCACGCGCAAGACGUCUCUGCGAUGCCGGCCUCGGCAGUGGGCCUGUUGCAGACAGUCGAUGAGGUUUCGCGCUCGCAGUAUAUUGCGGCGACUUAUGCAAGGCUACGCAUGUGGGAACGUCGCGUGCCGACUCAGCCCGCCCUACCCUCGACCGAAGGCAGCGAGCUCUAUCCGCUUCGCUUUGAGCUGUUUGCCAUUUCGAACACUGCGCCAGAGAGCACGUCCGAAGACAAUUCUAUCCUGCGCGCCCACUCUCGCAACCUGCUCUGGAAUGACGACACUGCCGUCACUUUUCCGCGCUCGAGGAAUGUAGACAUUGGCCUGCGCUUCCUGGCCUGCGUGCCAAGCGCGUCUGGUUCGCGGCCGGCAGGCGAUGUAGCUGUGUCCGAAGCUGUUCGAGCUGAGCGCGACCUCACCACACCUCUGCUGCAGCAGGGUGGCGAGCCAGGGCGCUCGACGUCGGUCAGCGCCUCGAACGUUGCGUCCGCAUCUCGUCCUGCGGCGCCCGACCUGCUCAGCGACUUUCUGACGGGCUCACCGCCGCGCCACAGACCUCACCUCACCACUCGUCAGAUCAACCUGCUUUCCCGUCUAGUAGCGGCCCGAAGCGCUGGAUCGCGAGAGGAUCGGCUAGCAGCGAUCUCCUCAUUGACUUCGGAUGAAGUGGCAGACCUUCGAAGACUGUUCUCAUCCUCGACAUUGGAGGAAUUGCGCACUCGCGUUCAAGCCACGCGCGAGGAGCGAUCUGGAUCACGCCACGCUCUCAUGGACAGCGCUCGAGACUCUGAGCACCGAUCCGCACUGCAUCGCGUCGCACGAGAGGCGAUCAACAGCGCUUCUCACGCCGGCGGUGUGCAGCUCACGUCGGCUCAACGCGCUCUGAUCGAGCAAGUCGCAGGAGCAUCCUCCACGCCGCCGUCGGCCGAGCAGCUCCCUUCGGACGCGUUGCAAGAUCUGGCUCCUCUGAUUGCCAGCCGUGCGCGAUCGAUAGCUCAACACGCUGUUCGACAUGUUGGAGAAGAAUCUGUGCUGGCCCAGACACCUGUGUGCACGCUUUCGCGCCUCAUCGUCAAAGUUCCACGCCGAGCUGGACGAUCGGCAGCCAAGGAAGGACUUGUUUUCGUUAGCCACCGACCCAUCACUACCGCCAUGUUGGAGCGCUGGAACGAUUGCACGCAGACUGAGCUCGAAGCUGCUGCGCAACGAGAGGGAUUCUGCUUUGCCAGCAACGUCGCGGAGGAAAGCACGGGCAGACGAAACGCGAGCCCGAUUAGCACAUCGUCUGCUGCGAGACGCAGUACACCCAACACGCGCGACAGGUGGGACGACGAUCCGGAGCUGGGAGUUCCUCUGGCUUUCCAGCUGGACAAUGCUAUGCGACCUCCGACGGCCACUGAGCCCGCCUUUCUCAGGGAUCGAACAACGCUUCAUCCCGUAGGCUUCUUUCGCAUUCCGACCUCAGCGACUGCAACGCUAGAUUUUUCCGCAAUGGCGCAGCACGUCGUGAGGUCCGACACCAGGCGCCAAAACGGCGCUGCUAGCAGCGCGGUCGAGAUCAGCAGCGGCGUUUCUGGGAGCUACAUUGCAAUCAAGAUUCUGAACACGCACGAGAGCGACCUGCCCUCGUCUGCACGCAGGCGGCAAGAUGCUGCUGGUAGCGCACAACAAUCCACUUGCGCCGUCCAGUGGAUCGGAGCUCAUGGCGUUGCUGGAGUGCGCAGCAGCGCAACGGGAGCUUGGUUCGAUUGAUUUGAAGGGCUUUUUGUAGAUAGGAGACGAGACACCCUUGCUUCGGAAGCACUUUCGACCCUCGCUCACAUUCCACUCACCUUCAUGUCACCCUCUUUUUUGUCGUGAAUGCGCCGUCAAUACGCCUUUUUCGCAAUUUCAUGGUCAUCAACGAGC